AUGUCACGGAACAAAUCGAUCAAACUUGAAAGAGUGAAGCCCACUUGUCACCUUCCCGAUAAAGAAAUCCGCUCGCUCGCAAUCGAUCUCCGCAUCCAAUUGGAGUUUCUGUUCGUCCCACAACCUCAGGCUCUUUUGUUGACUGUAGACGCAGAUGGUGGAAGAUGUGCCGGAGGAGAUUACCACCGGAGAAGAAGAAGGAACGAAAAGGUGAAACGAUGUCGUUUCGAGAAACGUGAUGUAGUUUGUCGGUUUAGAACGUGA